AUGGACUCCGUUCGGUCCCUUAUCCAGCCGGUGACGCACAAUCUGCCGGCGCCGAUCCGCGAUAUUGGCGUCGGCCUGCUUGGCGACACCUGCUACAAGGCGCUCAUUCUCGAUGUCGACGAGACCAAUGUCGACUGCAUCAAGCUGGCCGUGUCCAAGGGCCUGGGCGUCGGCAUCGUGGCCGCGUCGGCGGUCGUCAAGGUGCCCCAGAUCCUGAACCUAGUGCGCUCGCGCUCGGCCGCCGGCGUCAGUUUCCUGUCGUAUCUGCUCGAGACCACCAGCUACCUCGUGUCGCUGGCCUACAACGUUCGCAACGGCUUCCCGUUCAGCACCUACGGCGAGACGGCCUUCAUCCUCGUGCAGAACAUUGCCAUUACGCUGCUCGUGCUGCACUACAGCGGGCGUGGCGCCGUGGCGGCGCUGCUGGCCGGCGUUCUCGCCGUGGCCGCCACGGCCCUCUUUGGCCUGGCCGAGGGCACCGCGCUGUCCGUUGACGCGACCCAGCUCGGCUACCUCCAGGCCGGCGCUGGCGCGCUCGGCGUGGCCAGCAAGAUCCCGCAGAUUGUGGCCAUCUGGCAGGAGGGCGGCACAGGCCAGCUCAGCGCCUUUACCGUGUUCAACUACCUGGCCGGCUCGCUGUCGCGCAUCUUCACGACGCUCCAGGAGGUCGACGACAAGCUGAUCCUCUACAGCUUCGUGGCCGGCUUUGCGCUGAACGCGGUGCUGGCCGCGCAGAUGGUGUACUACUGGAACGCGCCGUCCAAGUCGGGCGUCAAGACGGCGGGCAGCACGUCGUCCGCCUCGGCCACGCCGACCCCGUCCAAGAACAACAAGGGUAAUAAGUCGUCGAAGAAGUGA